AGCAUUUUUUUAAUCAUGCUCUGUCUGAACUGCCGUGACCACCCAGGUGACCCCAGAGAGUACCUGGACAGCUUCAUCAAGAUCGGCGAGGGCUCCACGGGGAUCGUGUGCAUCGCCAGCGAGAAGCACAGCGGCAAGCAGGUGGCCGUGAAGAAGAUGGACCUGAGGAAACAGCAGCGGAGAGAGCUGCUCUUCAACGAGGUGGUGAUAAUGCGGGACUACCACCAUGAGAACGUGGUGGACAUGUACAACAGCUACCUGGUGGGGGACGAACUCUGGGUGGUCAUGGAGUUCCUGGAGGGAGGCGCGCUGACCGACAUCGUCACCCACACCAGGAUGAACGAGGAGCAGAUUGCGACCGUGUGUGUGUCCGUGCUGCGGGCGCUCUCCUACCUCCACACACAGGGGGUCAUCCACCGGGACAUCAAGAGCGACUCCAUCCUGCUCACCAGCGACGGCAGGAUAAAACUGUCCGACUUUGGCUUCUGCGCCCAAGUCUCCAAAGAGGUCCCCAAGAGGAAGUCUUUGGUGGGCACGCCCUACUGGAUGGCCCCUGAGGUCAUCUCCAGACUACCAUACGGCACAGAGGUGGACAUCUGGUCUCUGGGCAUCAUGGUGAUAGAGAUGGUGGACGGGGAGCCCCCGUACUUCAACGAGCCCCCCCUGCAGGCCAUGAGGAGAAUACGGGACAACCUGCCUCCCCAGCUGAAGGAGUCUCACAAGGUCUCCUCCGUCUUGCGGGCCUUCCUGGACCUGAUGCUGGUGCGGGAGCCGUCCCAGCGGGCUACCGCCCUGGAGCUCCUCCAGCACCCCUUCCUCAAGCUGGGCGGACCCCCCUCCUGCAUCGUCCCCCUCAUGAGACACUACCGCCACCGCUGAUACCCCUAACCUUUGACCCCCCCCCCCCCGACCUCGCCGCCGACCCCUUCUUAUAAACCCAACCCUCCACCACCACCACCACCAACACUACCCCCACCCCCGACAUUAACCGCAAGGAGGAGGAGGAGGAGAAGGAGGAAGAGGCGGGCAGACACUCUCACUACAGCCAAUCGGAGAACGGCAGCACACGACGUCACUCGAGUGGCGCGGUGACGGCCGCCGUGGCUAAUGCUAAUGCUCAACACUUGUAACCGACGACGUAGAUUAGACGAAGAGGAUUAUUACUGUCAUUUAAUAAAAAAAAGGAAAACCGACAAAACCAAGUGGAUACAAGAGGAAAAAGAAGAAGAAUUCAAGGAGGAGGAGGAGGAGGAAAAAAAGAAACACAUUUUAAAACUGUUUUUGAAAACUUGAAGCGGAGUAGAAGAGUUGGCUCACAGUAUAGGAACUCACCUUAGUUCGGAUUUUUUGAGCAAAAAAAAAAACUGAAAAACGAUUGGGGUUGACUCGGGGAGCCGAGUCAGUUGGUGGUCAGCAGAACUAGAACUUUCCAAAACGGUUCUGGCGGCGGUCGGCUGACAUGUUGAGUCAAGCCUUUCUCCCCAAGCCCCGCCCCCAGGGACAGGGUGCUCUGCUCCAGACAGAAGCAGUGGAAAAGCAGAACAAUCAGGAGAGGACGCGGAUGUGGGAUCGACUAGUUAUGACUGAGUUAGUGUGGAUGCUGUGUUGAGGGUCGACCGUCCAGUCAAAUGGAGCGGGCUGUCCUGAAAUUUCCCUUCUCUCUCGUCACACACUAACGGUGAAAUUGUAUUUUAGAGAAACUUGUAAGUUUUUCUGUACAGUUUUGAUAAUUUGCAGUAUUUUAUCGUGUUGUAACCAUUGUGAUAUUGCAGUAUUAAAUAGAACUUUCUGCAGAGAUCUUUCCUACUAUUUAUAAUCCUUUUUUUGCUUAAAGAUUUAAGAGAUAUCCCAAAUAAACCAACCUAAUCUUAACUGUUCCAAAAAAAUGAAACUAUAUUUAUUAUCUUAAAAUUUGUAGACACAACUUAAAUUAAAUGUUGUAAAAAGGGUGACGUCACAACUUUUUGUAUGAUGUUUUAACUAUUUAUUUAUUUUUUCUGUUGGAAUUAUUAUUGAUUAAUUUAUUCGUUGCUUUCAUUUUGUGUGGCCUUUUUUUUGAGGGGGGGAGGUUUGUAAAAAAAAAAAAAGUACAGAAUCAGCAGAACUUUUUUUUGCUUUUGUUUUGUUUGCUCGAUCCUUCAAGCAAUAGCCCCACCCCGCCCCAACUUAUGAAAAAAACGUAAGUGUCCCGCGUUCACGAUACUGUUACAACACCGAGCAUUAUUAUGUAGCACAGCAACGACUUAAAGGGCCGGCGGCACACUUACGCAAAAAGCCCCGCCCCUAAUCUUCCGAGACGCGAACAUACAUAUCCUUGUUGAGAAACUUUUUAUGGAUUGCCCCCGGUCUUAAGCCCACCCAGGACACCCCCCCCCCCCCACGCUGUCAGAUUCAGACCAGUCGCUGAAUUUUUUGUUUCGUGUUUAUUUAUUUGCAUCCUGACUUGUCGUCAUCACACUCCUUAUCCCAUUCCAUUCGCACAUACACACACACACACACAUGCACACCGCACAUACGCACACACACACGCACUAGCGCACGGUUACUCAAACGCACGGACGUGGACUCUCCCUGCCGCUGGACCCGAGCUGCCGGUCCGGUCGGUGGCGGGACGGGCAGAACAGGGUAAUGCCCCCCCCUCCAUCCCACAGGCCCCCCCUCGCCCAUCAGCCACUGUGAUAUGUACAUAGGAAUGCCUGGUCCAUUAGGGUGGGUGGGAUGCGUGUGGUUUGUCUGCGUGGUCCAUUGUGUGUCUUGGGGGCGAAGGACAAAAGCAAAAGUUGUCGAACAUUUUGUGUGUGGGUGUGUCUGUGUGUGUGGGUUUGUCUGUGUUAAGAAUUGCAAAGUCUGUGUGUGCUUAUCUCUGUACAGCAUUUGAAGGUGUGUGUCUCUGUGUCUGUGUGUGCACGCGCAUGUGUGUGUGUGUGUGUGUGCGUCCGUGAGUGCAUGUUGUGUGUGUGUGUGUGUGUGUGUGUGUGUGUGUGUGUGUGUGUGUGCGUGAGUGAGAGGAAGAUAACGGCUUCUCCUUGACACCCUUUGAAUGAGUUCUCCUGAUAUGUGUUGGCUUGUACAGUGAUGCUGCAUGUCUGUUAUCGGUGAAAGAUGGUUUCAAUUAAAAACAAAGGAAAAAAACACCCAUGAAAACA